UAUAAUAGUUUGCUUGCUAUCAAACAUGUGUGACACCUAUAAUAUUCUAUUCACGGCGAUUUAUCUGUACGGAGUAGGUUAAAGGAUGGGACUUCGAAUCGUGACACUGGGCCUCUUAGAAGCCCAAGGAAUAACCCACGACCCGUUCACGACUGACGGGUUCCAUCACAAGGGACGAGGCCCAGUAGGUAACGGGAACAAAUUUGAUGGACAUGCCGCUGCCGACGCGCGACCGACCACUACACCAAAUACCGGCGGCGUCUCAAUCUAUGCCAGCAGCACACCUCACCUAACGUCCGAGAUGCAUUCACGACAAUUUUGUCGCCAUAACCCCCCGAGGGUUUCUUCGAUGGUGUUAAAGAUGUCCAGUAGUGCAACCGCU